CGCAACCAUCAGAAACUCCUUCAUUUCAUUUCAUGCUGACCAGUUUCUGCCAAACUGUUUGGACUCUCUGCUUUGAAAUCCAUCUACAGCCUAAGAUAUACAAUCGUACCUGCAGAAUGAUGCAAGGACAGAAACACAACAUGCAAUCCUUUCUCUUUAUGUAUGUGUUGACUUUUUUGACAUUGCAUGCAUCCGAUGGACAGCAGCUAACAGAUGAGACCUGUACUGUCCAGAUUCUUGUCCCAGGACUCAAAGGAGAACCAGGAGAGAAAGGACCGAAGGGAUCCCCCGGGAGACCAGGGAGAGUUGGCCCUCCAGGGGAAAUUGGGCAACCUGGGCUUCAAGGACAGAAAGGCAUUAUGGGACGUUACGGAAAGGUGGGCCCAAGUGGAAUGAAAGGUGAAAAAGGAGACAUGGGGGAUCCAGGACCAAAAGGCCCAGAUGGAGAGCCAGGCGUCCCGUGUGAGUGCUCACCUAUACGGAAGAUGAUUGGGGAAAUGGACAACAUUGUGGCCCAGCUAUCUUCUGAAUUGAAGUUCAUCAAAAAUGCUGUCGCUGGCAUAAAAGAGAGAGACAGUAAAGUCUAUCUGUUGGUGAAGGAAGAGAAACGAUACACCGAUGCCGAGCUCUACUGCCAGGCGAGGGGAGGGCACCUGGCCAUGCCCAAGGAUGAAGGAGCCAACUCAGCCCUGGCGGGGUACAUUACAGAGGCGGGUCUGGGCAGAGUCUACAUUGGCAUUCACGACCUGGACGUGGAAGGAGUUUUCAUCCAUGUGGAUCGCUCUCCCAUGUCCACAUUCAGCAGAUGGAGAAACGGGGAGCCCAAUAAUGCUUACGAUGACGAGGACUGUGUUGAGAUGGUGGCCUCGGGCGAGUGGACCGACGUAUCCUGCCACCCGACCAUGUAUUUUGUUUGUGAAUUUGACAAGGACUCUGUAUGAAUACAGGCUAUAUUGGCUAAAAUGGACAUGACCAAGUUUUCAAUGGAAAACUGAUGCAACAGUCCAAUCAGUUUGUAAUAUGGACGCCCAUUUAGAUGCCUGUUCUUUAAACAAAUUAUUAGUUUGUUAAAUACCUUUAUGUUACUGAUUAAGUCUAUAAGAUUAGAUAACAGUCACUGUGAGCGACUGCUUGUCAAUUCCCUAUAGACAUAGUAGAAACAAAAAAAAAGUCUGUUCCAGGGUCAAGCUGUCACCUUUGGAAAUAUAAGUAUUAACUGUACAACAGGAUGUUAAGAGGUAAUCAGCUGCCUAUCAAAAUGUAACAAUAAACCAUGUUUUACUGUUAACAGGUUAAGGAUAUGGUAUGGAAAGUCGGUACAAGUGUAAAUACAUAAGUUUACCACAGUUAAUCAGUCCCUCAAGGGUUUUCAUUCCCUGUAAAUUAUGCAACUUUAUUCAAUGCCCGUAACUUAACCACGCAUUUUGGCAAAUAAGCGUAAUUUGACUAAUCAAAUUUGUGUUACAUAUGUACAUAUUUAUAUAUCUAUAUAUGUAUACAAGUUGAGUUUAUACCAAAAUGGAUACAUUGAUGAUACAGCAGAGGAUUGGGAGAAUGUCAUGUGGUCAGAUGAAACCAAAAUGGAACUUUUUGGUAUAAACUCAACUUGAGGUGUUUGGAGGAAGAAGAAUACUGAGUUGCAUCCCAAGAACACCAUAACUACUGUGAAGCACGGGGGUGGAAACAUCAUGCUUUGGGGCUGUUUUUCUGCUAAGGGGACAGGACGAUUGAUCCGUGUUAAGGAAAGAAUGAAUGGGGCCAUGUAUCGUGAGAUUUUGAGCCAAAACCUCCUUCCAUCAGUGAGAGCUUUGAAUGGUUGAACUUAUUUUCCACCAUAAUUUACGAAUACAUUCUUUAAAAUUCUUAUGAUGUGAAUUCCUGGAUUUUUUUUCACAUUCUGUCUCUCACAGUUGAAGUGUACCUAUGAUGAAAAUUACAGACCUCUGUCAUCAUUUUAAGUGGGAGAACUUGCACAAUCGGUGGCUGACUAAAUCCUUU